UCAAAGAAAAGCGAAGUUAAACAAAGCCAUCUCCAAUGGAAAACUGUGCACAAAAAUCUUGAAAGUGAAAUACUUUCUUGAAUUUAUCAGAUACCCUUAAAAAGGAAAAUCCAAGAAAAGAGAAUAUUUUUAAAUCAAUGGCAUCUUCCGGGUUUGAACAAAAAAAAUUGGCAUCUUCAAGGCACUAUCCAUCUCAUUCCUUUGCACCAUCAGCACCAACGCUCCCUCCAGAGCCCUACGAGAAACAGCAGCAGCAGGAAACCGAGACUUAUCCUUAUAAUCAUCAUGGAUCUCCUCCUAGUCACGGCCACUACGGACAACAUCCGCCUUCAAGUUAUGGGCAGAAUGGGUUUCCAGCAGGAACAAACCCAUAUGUGGUAAGGGCGUUUGAAAUGGUGGAUAGGGAUAGAAGUGGAUUCAUCGAUGAAAAUGAGUUGCAACAGGCUCUGUCUUCAGGCUACGAAAGGUUUAACAUUAGGACUAUAAGAUUGCUCAUGUUCUUGUUCAAGAACCCUCAUGAUUCUCUCAGAAUUGGGCCAAGAGAGUUUGCUGCACUGUGGAGUUGCCUUGGUCAUUGGCGGGCCAUAUUUGAGAGAUUUGAUAGAGAUAGGAGUGGGAAAAUUGAUUUGAUGGAAUUGAGGGAUGCUCUAUUCAGUCUUGGGUAUGCAAUUCCACCUUCUGUCCUUCAGGUUAUAAUUUCCAAGUAUGACAAUGGAAGUGGCAGGAGGGUUGAACUCAAUUUUGACAGUUUUGUUGAAUGUGGGAUGAUUGUCAAGGGCUUGACUGAAAAAUUCAAGGAAAAGGAUCCAAUGUAUACUGGUUCAGCAACGCUUACUUACGAUUCAUUCAUGUCUAUAGUCAUUCCAUUUCUUGUUGCAUAUGAUUGAUCACUUAGUAUUACAACACUAAUAUUAAUUAUGAUCUUGAUUUCAAUCAUUUGAG